AGACAUCUAUGAUAGAUUACAUUCUCGGCGUGGCUGAUCCCGAGCAAUGGCAUGCUGAGAAUCUGAAAAUGAACCGGAAUCAUUACGCAUCGUGGAUGAUUCAGCUUGGUGGAGCAAGGCUGAUUACUGGUGUGGCAGAAAAUAUUGGUGUCGGAGUACAUUUCAAUCCGUUUGUUUCACAUCAAAAUCGGAUGUUCAAGUAUGGUGUUGUUCGGGCGCGUGAUCUUGUUCAGGAUAUUCUGGAAUGGAAAAGCUUUUACCUUAGUGGUCGUCUGCAAAAGCCUGUGAAUGUGGUAGUGGAUAGAUUAGAGAUAGAAAAACUCAACUCUGUAAAUCUGAAAGCUGUAACUUCUGCUGCUCUCCUCACUAUGCCAUCAAAUUUCAGCGAGGAAGAGCUGUAUGCCAAAAUAUGUAGCCUCUCAUAUAUGGGCGACUUGAGAAUGCUUUUUGCAGAGGAUAAAAACAAGGUGAAAAAGAUUGUGCAAGGGCAAUUCCACUUAUUCCAGAGAAUGUAUACUCCACUUCUUGAAGAACUUGCAGCCCGUGAUGUCUUAAGAAUAUCAUCUUCCGUUGAUAAAAAACUAAACAUAAGUCAGGACUGCGGGUUGUCUACCACUUGCUCCCUUGUGUCUCACCUUCCUUCGACAGUGAGAAGCAAGAUGAGGAUUAAGCUUGGUGAGGAAAAAACAAUGGAUGAAUCUGGUACGACCCAAAACCCGAGCAGUGAUUAUCUGUUGGCAAAUAUUGUUUUUUGUAUUUUAGCAAAACCUACGAAUGGUACUGUUGCUUUGAAUCUUGUUAUUGGUCGGGCAGUACAGAAAGUUCUAAUUAGGUCAAAGGAAGAGGCUGCAUAUUGCAUGCAUAAGAUUCUAAGGCACAAAGUUAUGGUUUCUAGUGCAAGACAGGCUGUUGCUGGUCUAGUAACUUCUGGAGCAGUUCAUGGGCUUAAAUACCUUGCUAGUAAAAUGCACAAGGCAUGGAAAUCUCGGUUCGUGUGACUUUCGAGGUUGCAGAACAAAUUUAUGGGUUCGUAUGGUUUAAUCGGCAUUCUUGAUAAUGAAGUGUGAACUGGAGAAAUAUUUAUGGGUUCGUAUGGUUUAUGGGUUCUUCGUAUGGUUGCUAGUAAAAUGCAUAUAUGCAUUUUUUUUUUUUCGAAACGGUAGAAGUAGAUGUUUGAGGUUUAACCUAGUGUUUGGUUCGAGGGAUUUGGAGGGGAGGGGAGGGGAGGGGAUGGAAAAUUUUAGUUUUCUCUUGUUUGGUUGAAAAAUUAGGAGGGGAGGGAGAGGAAAAUUUUAAGUAAGUUUCCCUCCCCUCCCUCACUUUACCUCCCCUCCAAAAUUGGAGGGAUUUGGAAGGAAAAUGUGUUAAGAUGGUGUGAAAAUACCAUUUAGUCCCUACUUUCAAUUGUUUUUUAUUUUUUAUCUUAUUUCAUUAAGGGUAAGUUUGUCAUUUUAAUUUUAUUUUC